CUUUGCAACCCUCCUUAAGUCUUUCACCUUCCUCACCUCUCAUACCAUUCUCUCAUCCUCGUUUCUUCUUACUCCCGCUAAUUUGGGAAACCAAAGCCAUUCAUUCAUUAGUUCAUCCAUUCUCUCAAUACUGUACCAACCCAAAAGCAUUCAAUAUGUGUUCCUCCAAGUCUAAGCUGCACCAAGGUAUUGAUAUCACCCCAUCUAAGGCUCAGAUCAAUGGCCGUCCAGCCCUUCAGCCCACUUGCAACCGAAUUCCUAGCCUAGAAAGGCAUCAUUCAUUUAAGAAGAUCUCCCCAAAAUCUCCUACUUCUCCACUACCUGCAUCUCCCCCGCCACCAACUACUAUUAUUAAUACUACUAAAACCAAGCCUUCAUUAACUCCUCCAGCCUCUCCCAACUUAAAAUCACCUAGGCAACCAGCACUUAAGAGAGGAAAUGAUCCUAACGGGUUGAAUUCUAGUCUUGAGAAGGUGUUAACACCACGAGGAACCACCAAAUCCUCUAGUUCACCGAAGAAGACAAAAAAAUGCAGUGCUGGAUUAGCACCUUCUUCUGACACUAGUUCAUUGAAUUACUCUUCCUCUUUGAUAGUUGAGGCUCCAGGGAGCAUAGCAGCAGCAAGAAGGGAACAAAUGGCCAUUAUGCAAGUGCAGCGAAAGAUGCGAAUUGCCCACUAUGGAAGAACAAAGUCUGCCAAGUACGAAGAGAAGAUAGGUCCUGUAGAUCCUUUGGUUAUCACCACUCGAGAGGAAAAGAGAUGCAGUUUCAUCACCCCCAAUUCAGAUCCUAGCUAUGUUGAAUACCAUGAUGAAGAAUGGGGUGUCCCGGUCCAUGAUGAUAAGCGGCUGUUCGAACUGCUAGUGAUGACUGGUGCUCAAGUUGGAUCAGACUGGACAACUGUCUUGAAGAAACGUCAGGAAUACAGGGAUGCAUUGUCCGGAUAUGAUGCAGAAAUUGUGGGAAAAUUCAGCGAAAAGAAGAUAACAAGCAUCAGUGCUUAUUAUGGCAUAGAUUUGAGCCAAGUUCGAGGAGUGGUGGACAACUCUAACCGAAUUCUUGAGAUUAAGAGGGAAUUCGGAUCAUUUCACAAGUAUAUCUGGGGAUUUGUGAAUCACAAGCCCAUUACCACCCAGUACAAAUCAUGCCACAAGAUCCCAGUGAAGACCUCGAAAUCAGAGAGCAUCAGCAAAGACAUGGUGAGGAGGGGUUUCAGGUUGGUUGGGCCCACUGUAAUUUAUUCGUUCAUGCAAGCCGCUGGCCUCACCAAUGACCACUUGAUCAGCUGUCCUAGACAUCUUCAAUGCAUCGCGCUGUCAUCACACCAACCCGCCGUAGCCCCGGCUCUAUAGAAUCACAUUCAGCUCAGAAAUUAACAGCACAGCACAAGGAGAACAAAAGGGUAGACAAAUUAAUAAAAUUUAAGCUUAUAUAAUGUGUGAUAUCCUAAUAUUGUAACCGCUUAUGCGCCAUAGGUAGCUAUCUGAUUUUCUAACUAUACAUGAUUUAAUUAGUGGUGGUGACUGGUGUGUAAUCUGAUGUUAUGAGGGUCUUGUGAUGAGUCCAUGAGAUGGAUUGAUCGGAUAGCUAUAGAGAAAAAGAAAAGAGAAAGAAAGAAAGAAAAUAAAAGGGAAAAAAAAAAAAAGGGAAGAAAAGUGCGUGGAUUGUAGGGGAGAAGGGAGACAGAGAGCAUGUGCAGUGGGCGGGCAAUGGCAUGUGUUAGUAUCAAUGACUUUCAUAUGUUGCGAGUCGUGACCACCACAAACCCACGCAGCAAACCUCCAUUAUUUGCUGACCUUUUUAACAGGCUGUGAGAGUGGCACUGGGCCAGCCCUUCCUUUGGAUUGGUUAGGAUUGGAUCAGAAGAGUUUACUUCUACCCAAAGGGAAAAUCAUGAUUCCAUGCUUCUGAGGUCAGGUUGGUGACACGUGCAGCAAUAAAAUAGGAACAAGAAGAAAAAGAUGGUUACCAGUUCAACAAAAAUGCACCAAACCCAACUUCUGAACUUUCUACAAUGAGUCUCUGCAUAAUUUCUCAUGGAUGUGUGAAGUUGUUGGAAUUUUCAGUUUUUCUUUCCUUACUGUAUUUACAACUGUCAUGCAAGUUUGUACCGUUUGCUCGAUAUAUAUAAUAUAUAUGCCUCGUUUUCUA